AUGGUCGUUAAUGGGACCAGGCCACCAUACGAUGCCGUGGGAUCCGCCAGUCAAGAGAACACGACCGCAAACAAAACUCGCCCGGGAGGCCUGCGCCAGAACUCCUCAGGAUCGACGCGUACACCGUUAUCCGCCGUGGCGGCGAACCGCAAAGACAGCACUGGCGUCAAUGGACGGCCGGCCCCUCACAGUAGAGUGGAAGAGUUGGGCCAGCGAGACACAAGUCUGGUGCGGAGUGGCAGUGAAUCUGACAGCUUGCUUGAUCUCUACAAAAGCAACCCGAGCAGCGGUAACGUGAGCCAAAGCCACGCCGACAAUGAUAUCCCCGAGAACAUGUACCGUCCCAACGAGGAUGAUCCCGAGGGCUGGAUCCACCGGGACAAGUUGGCCAAGAUCGAAAGCGAGGAAUUACAAGCGGCCGGGAUUAACCUGGCCAAGGCACGGAGGAAUGUGAGCAAGGGUGGCGUGCAAAGAGAUGCCAGUCGUGGUCGACGCAGCGAAGACCGCAAUCCGUCCGAAUUCCGCAGAGUCGAGUCUGAGGAGACGAAAGCACGAUUACCUGAACCUCUAGCGGAAGCCGAAGAGGAUGAGAGGGCGAACUGGGAUUUCCGCACUCCAGAGGAGAUCGCGGCCGAUAACGCGUCGUCUCAACUAUACCUAAGUCCGACGCUGAGGAAAUCAGGCUCGAAAAUCCCCGUGUUGACGUCGAGCCCUCUCCCCAUACCGCAAGAGAGAAUUGAGCGAGACACGCCGCUGGUCAGGAAGCGUACUAUUAGUAAUAGUAUGAGUCCCGAGGACGGUCUCCCUGUCCUCAAGAUGAGAACCAGAAAGGGGAGCAUAGGGAGCCAGGACGAAGGCGACUCUAUGUUUCUCACGACACCUGUUCUCCACAAGCAGUUAACCUCCAAAACAUCAACACCGACCAAAAAUCGACCCAAGACCGCCCAAGGCUCACCCCCUGGGACGUCAGCCGGACGCAAGACAUCUACCACGGCAAGAAAACCUUCGACCAACGCCAAACCCGGCGCCGCACCCUCCACAAACCAACGGCCGGGGACGAGAUCUGGAGAACUGGAUCGGCCUCGGACCGCGGUGAACCGUCCCGAAGGAGAUCCACCGUGGCUCGCGACCAUGUACAAACCCGAUCCCAGACUCCCUCCUGAGGAGCAAAUCAUCCCAACACACGCCCGCCGGCAGCAACAAGCACAGUGGGAGGAUCAAGGUGCGGUCCCGAGCACGUAUGAUCGGAACUUCUCCCCUCUGGCGAUUCACACGGGUAAUGGACAGGUGAAGUCGCCUUCACCAGUCAUUCCUCAGUCGGCGCAGCCGGGCGAAAAGGAGACCGGGGCCACAGACGGGGGAAGUGCCUGGCCUCUUAAACCUGGGCCGAAUGUCAGGAAUUCGGGGGCUGGUAGCAUGAGACCCAGUACUGGAGGAAGCAUGAAUGGCGGAUACAGUACGAUGCCCCGAGUGACCAAUCCCGCGCAAAAUACGGGGAUGGGCAAUAUCACGUCGGUGCCCACUCAACCGAACACCAGGAUGCAGGUACAGCGGGUGCAGCAAGAUGAUGUGGAGGAGAAGGUGACGGAGAAGGGCUGUGGGUGCUGUAUUGUCAUGUGA